GCCAGUGCGCUCUCCCUGUUCCUUUAUCUCUUCCAUGUCAAGUUCCAACAACGCUUCCGCCGCUACCGGCAGGAAGCGGCCGCUCGCGGCGGAGGCUUCCUUCGCCUCCACGAAGUCGCGAUCCAAGCUUCCUCGCCGCAGUCGCGUCGCAUUCCUUCCGGUCGUCCACCGCGUCUCCGACAAUGGCUCUGUCGAUCCGGCAGCGGCGGAGGGGGAGGCAGAUUCCUCCUCCACUGGAUUCUCGAGUGGGUUAUCUCACGAAUCCAGAGUGAUCGGGAGCUCCGGCAGUGGCGCUGCUCCGAACGAGUUCCACCGGAUUACUCGAUCUUACACUAGGAGAAUUAGAGAGGGUGAGAACGGACGAGAUCCGAAGCGAUCGAAGUUCCAGGUGAAUGAGUCCGAUCUCGUGGCUGAUGUAUCUGACGUCGUUGAGGAGUUUAAUGGCGGUGAUGAGAUUUCCGAGGCGCCGAAAAUGUUGGAGAAAGAGCCCGAGGUCUCCUUCUCCUCAUGCCUCGAUUCCUUCGCCGAUGCCAACGGAGGUGGUAAAUCGACAAUGGAGGAACCUGCCGGAAGGUCCCAGAUCUCUCAGAACUCGGUGGCGCCAAUCAGGGAGCCACCCGGAGAUCGCGACCUCGACUCAGAUCUCGCUUGCUCCGAGCGGAUCUCACACGAGAGCGAGGAAGAGGAAAGGUCAGAGUACUCAACGUGCAACGAGAUGACACUCUCCCAGAUGGAGGAUGUGCUCUUCGGCCGCUACAGUUCGGGCGAUGUGUUCACCGAUUUCAAUUACUCCUCCUCUGUUAUCGCAGCCUCUUCAUCCUCUUCCGAUGGAUUCUCCAAGAAAUCUCAUGAAAGCGCCGCUCCCACGGCCACUUUAUCCCUCCUCCAUCAGCUCUCGAGGCAGUUCUGUUCUGCGAGCUACCACGUAGCCCCUGCAACUGAACGCGAGUCUUUUCAAGAGUUCACGCUGAUGAAGUUCGAAGAGCAGGAGGACGAGGAGAGCUAUCAAAAGCUUCGGAGUAGGGAGAGAGGAUGUCUCACAAUGUACGACUUCGCCAAGGAAUACAGAAGGACGACAGAGCAGGGCCGCCUGAUCCUAGACCAACGGAUCGUGAUGGUUAACUGGAUGGUGGAGCAUUCUAAUGCUAUGGAUCUGAAGCAUGAGACCCUGUUCUUGGGCGUUAGCCUGAUGGACCGCUUCCUGAGCAGGGGUUACUUCAAGAGCAUAAGAAACCUUCAAUUGUCGGGGAUAGCUAGUAUCACCCUAGCCACGCGCAUUGAAGAGAACCAACCAUACAACAGCAUACGGCAGGUAUCAUUCAAGGUAGGGACCAACUAUUACAGCAGAAGUGAAGUCGUAGCGAUGGAAUGGCUUGUCCAAGAAGUUCUACGAUUCAAAUGCUUUGUUCCUACGACCCACAAUUUCCUCUGGUUUUAUCUCAAGGCAGCAAGAGCAGAUGCAAAUGUACAGAAGCUGUCAAAGUACUUGGCGGUUCUCUCUCUUCUAGAUCAUGAGAGGCUGUCCUUUUGGCCAUCUAGCAUAGCAGCCGGCUUGGUCAUCCUUGCUUGCCUGGCUACAAACCAGGACGAUGCUUGCCAAAUGGUCAUGGAGACUCACGUUAGAACAAAGAACGACGAUCUACCAGAGUGCAUGCAGAGCCUCCAGUGGUUAGUCAAGUACGCAUGCUAGAAUUGAGGUAUUUCUAAUAAUAAUGAAUUUAGAAUGAUCUCAAUUGAGCUCAUCAAAUUCCAGACAUACUAGAACAUAGUACCUUUCUGCUCAUCUUGACACUCAGAAUAUAGAUGGGUGCUGGGUUCUCACUACCCAUUAGUUGCUGAAUUUACUUCGUUUAGGAGUCGUGUUGUUGUAUUAGAUAGAGCAAGUAGCGCAAUUUCUGGUUGCUUCAGCGGUGUUAUGCUUUCCUAUUGUUCAAACUCCCUUUCAUCCAUUUGCAUAUAGUGUGUUUUAAAUGAAUACAAGUGGACUCGUCUAGAGGAAUUAA